AUGGCAGAGAGAAGAGCAACCAAUAAAUACUACCCACCAGAUUGGGACCCAAGUAAAGGAUCAAUCAACACCUAUAGAGGACAACAUCACUUAAGAGAUAGAGCUAAAAAACUUGCAACAGAAGGUAUCCUAGUUAUAAGAUUUGAAAUGCCAUAUAGCGUGGUAUGUUUAGGGUGUCAGAAUUAUAUUGGUGUAGGCGUUAGAUACAAUGCUGAAAAGAAAACUGUUGGUAAAUAUUUUUCAACCAAUAUUUUAAGUUUUAAAAUGAAGUGUCAUUUAUGUGAUCAAUAUUUUGUAAUAGAAACCGACCCAAAAAAUACAGACUAUAAAAUUAUAUCAGGUUUAAGAAAAAGAGAAAUUGAACAUAAUGAUAAUGAAAAUUUAAUACAAUUAAUUAGUGAAGAAGAGUCAAAGAAAUUAAAUGAGGAUGUUUUAUAUAAAUUGGAAUAUAGAAAAAAUGAUCAAGAAAAAAAUAAAGAAAGAGCAUCACAAUUAGACCAGCUUAAAGAUUUUAUGGAUAAAAGAAGCGUCAACGAUUACCAAUUAUCAUCAAUGAUGAGAAAGAACUUUAGAGAAAAGAAAAAAGAAGAUACAUUAGAAAUUGAAAGAUUAAAAGCAAAAGGAAUAAACAUAUCAUUGGUAAAAGAAACACAAGAGGAUAGAGAUCAAGCAAAAAAAAUUGAAUUCAACUAUAACUCUUUAAAAAGAAAAUUAGAUGAAAAUGUUAAAUUAAAUAGAGAAUUAAAAUUAACUGAACCAAUAUUAUCAAAAUCAUCAACAACAACAACAACAACCUCAACAUCAACAACUGGUAAUAAUAAAAAUAAUAGUAGCAAUUAUAUUUUACAGAAAGAAAAAAGAGAAGGAAUUAUUAAAAAGAAAUCCAAAGUCGAUCCAUCCCUUUUUAAAAAUAACCAACCAUCUAAUGUUAAUAAUGUAUUUAGUUCAAAUCUUUUCAACUAG